AUGGUGUACCCCGAGGCGUCCCGCUGGGGCGCGCCCGACGCCGCGCUCGCGCCCCUCUACGAUGACGUCUACAGAGCUGACGGAGUCCUCUCAACAGUGAACGUAGUAGAAGCACUUCAGGAGUUUUGGCAGGUGAAGGCAGCACGCGGAGGGGGUGCGGCAGGGGGAGCUCUCGUCAUUUAUGAAUCAGUACCGGCUGCACACCCGCCAUAUGUGUGUUAUGUGACGCUGCCAGGCGGAGCGUGUUUUGGCAGUUUUCAGAAUUGUCCAACAAAGGCAGAGGCUCGUCGCAGUGCUGCGAAGAUAGCCCUGAUGAACAGCGUGUUCAAUGAGCACGAAUCGCGACGUAUUUCGGAGCAUUUCAUAGAAAAGGCAGUAGCAGAAGCACGUGCUUCAUUCGCAGGUGAUGCUGCCGCGCAUCACCAGGAUCCUAGCGCUGGGAUAGCUGCCUUCAGAUUUAUGCUGGAAACAAACAAGGGUCGGACAAUGCUGGAGUUCCAGGAGCUGAUGACUGUGUUCCAGUUACUGCACUGGAACGGCUCACUGCGCGCGAUGCGUGAGCAGCAGUGCUCAAGACAAGAGGUGGUUGCACACUACUCCGCUCGGGCAUUGGACGAUGUCAUGCGCGAGCAGAUGGCGCGGGAAUGGGCCGCGAGGGAAAGAGACGCGGCUAGUGCAGGCGGUGGUGUUCUCCGAGCCGAACUUGCCAGAGCUGAGCGCGAGCUUAGGGCUGCCCGGCUUGCCGCAAGGGAACUACGUUUCCCAAAGGAGAAACGUGACAUUCUGCACAUGGCCGCGCGCCUUGCCCCGCCCCCGCAGCAACAGUGA